CGUCUCCGGGCCGGGCUGCACCCAAUGCGCCAUCUUCCUGGGAUGGUAAUAGUCCACUUAAACUCAGUGAAAGCUGGGCUUAGGUUUCCAUUACACCCGUUCUUCGUAUCCUUCUUUAACUUCUACGAGGUAGUACCGACCCAAGUCAUGCCAAAUCCCUACCAAGUAAUGGUAGGCUUCAUUUGUCGCUGUGUGGAUGCCAAGGUCACCCCCUGUUUAGAGUUAUUUCAUCAAUUUUUUAAAGUGGUCCCUCAGCAAACACAUGGGUUUCUGGCUGCUAGUGCUCGUACGGGUCACAUACUCUUCACCGAUAACCUGACUUCCAUUAAGGGGUGGAAGGAUUGGUUUUUCUUUGUCUCCAUCCCGGACGGUCUAAUCCCGAAAAAAUGGAAUGCUUUUCCCCACAAAACUCCAGAACCGUUGCUUACCGAGGAAAUUAGAAAGACUGUCUUCACCGUGGAACGAGAUAAGAAAUACAACAUCAUGAAGUACCUGACUCCCGAUCGGCUUGUCAAUGCCGGGAUAGGCACUACCCGUAUUCCUGGGUCUACUUAACUGAAAACCAAGUGUCAUGGGCCGGACGGUCCUUCCCGUGCAAGAAACGUUCCGUUCCUCUUUGUUUCCCACGUGAUAAGACUGCCUGGUACUAACCUUUUCCUUUGUUAUUUUUUCACCUCCCAACCCAUACGUUUCCAUGGAUGAUAGUCGUGUGCUUGCAGCCGGUGGAGUGGGGAAAGGAAGAAAGCUAGGAAGAACAAUCAACCCCAACAAUCUACUGUUGCUCCACAGAGUGUCGAGCAGCCUCAGUUCGUUCAAGAGGCCCACCCUAUCCAGCAGGUUCCUCUUCAUCAAGACCAAUUUGAGGAUAUGUUGAUUGAUGACCGGUUCGAGUCAGAUCAGUUGCACCAAUUUUCUGAGCAUUUUCAAACUGCUCAGGAGGUGAAUCUAGAUGCCGAACAAGCUAAUGUUGCCAGCGUGACAAAGCAAGUCCGGCGAAUUUCCCUGGAGGACCCGGUCCACGAGAUUUUGGAAAGGGCUGGUUCCUCGGCCAGCCAGAUCUGGACUACUUCUGCCUGUUUCAACAAUUUCCCUUUGCCUAACCUCUCGAUCGAUUGGGCAGAAGAAUGCAUUGCUUUGACGGCUUUGAAGAUGGGGCUGUAUAGCCUGCAGCUGAGGGAGGCUCGUUUAGCCAAAGAGCGGGAUCUGAUCAUUGCUCAGACUUCAGCCGAACAGGCUGCCGCUGCUGCCCUUGCAAACUCUGAGGCCGAACGGAAGGCCUUUGCUGAAGAGAGGCAGAGGUUUGACAAUGAGCUGGGCAGGCUUCAGGUUCAGCUGGCCGCUGCCCAGGCUAAAGUUUCUGCGACUGAGGUCGUUCAAGUUAGGUUUGAAGAAAAGCACCCCUGCAUCCCAGAUGGUCG